AUGGCAAUUCUUCAUACUGCUCAUGAAAAGUUAAAAGGAACAUUUAGAAAAACGGAUGUACAAGAUCUGUAUGAAUGUACCAUUGAAAUUUUAAUCAAACUAUUGGCCGGAUCAUUGUUUGCUUCUUUAGUUUUAAUAAUGGUUGUUUUCUCAGUUGCCAAGUUCAAAGUGAGAGGAUUGGAACUCAUUUCACCUCUUAUUAUGUCCAUCCAUUUAGCUGUCCAGUUUUGGAUGGAUACACAUGAAGGAGCAUUCACAAAGGAAGUGGAAAGAACUGUUGAACAACACAGAUCUCGACGGGAAAACAGUAAUAAGCCAAAUUGGCACUAA